GCUCAGCCAAACAACCGAUCAUCUGUAGCCGUCCCCUUUUGCGCUGGAGCCAUGAGGGUUUUCAGCUUUCUACAGCUUUUGAGCACGGCCAGUUUAGUGACUGCAACAGUCGAGGCCGACCAGGCUUGUCCACAGGACAGCCGAAAUGCCACCACAUGCGGCCGAAACGCGGGGUCCAUCUUCCUGCAAAACCGAGCGCAUCGGAAUAAACUCCAAGUGGAGACGAGCGCGGGCUGCUCGACAUCCUCGGAGGAUUGCCGCGCUUCAGGAUGUUGCGUAGAUGCGGGCUACACCUGCUAUGAGAAGAACGAGUAUUGGGCCUCAUGCCAGCAGAGCUGUGAUCCGGGCCAAGUCAGCCCCAACGACGAUCCGGAGUAUGCGACUCCAUGGACCUGCACAGUGAUUGGAUCCUCCGGGCCCACGACGUCGGGUCCAACGGGGCCCGUGGUGAACCCUGCGCCAGGGCAGAUCUUUGUGACGGGCACCGUAGGAUCAGGCAAGAACCGACUCUUUGAGUUCAUCAACGCCCUGUCCGACCAGCCGGUCAUGGGGUCGAAUGCUCGUGCAGUCCAUUCAUCCGGCGGAGCAGCCGGUGGUGUGGUGAGUGAAAGCCAAGGAUAUGGAUUGCUACUGACUGGUGCCAUGUUGGCGAGCUUGGACCCCGAUGAUGCGGAUCGGCCAAAGAUCAUGGACUACACCUACGAGAUGUUUUUGGGCUGGCGACGGAUGUGUGAACGUUCCAAGCAAGAUGGCAGCUGUCAGGAGGAUGAAGGAUUUCAAUGCGGAGGAAAGCAGUUUCCAUGCUUGCCACACUGGAAGUUUGAUGAUGAUCUGACCGGAAUCAUUGGCAAGGGUGCGGCCCCGGAUGGAGACGCCGAUGCCCUGGCGGGGAUGCUCUUGGCGGUUCUCUCCUUGGAGCAGUCGAGCGAAGCUCCCGGAUGGCUCGAGGAGGUUGGUCAAUGGGCGUAUGACACCUGCAAGCAGUUCUACAUGAGUUCGACCGUUUCAUCAUCUUCAGGCAACCACCGUAUCGUGAAGCUUGGAUCUUGCUGGGGCGGCUGGGGUGGCCAGGGCCAGAACCCCAGCUACCAUGCACCUGGCGUUUACCGGCUUUGCCGCAACUACAUGAAAUCGCAUGAUGUCAAGUACGGUGAGACAGCGCAGGAAGGAGAAAACUUCGAAUCCAGAUGGAACAAGUUGAUUAGUACGACCUACAAGAUGUUUGGUGCUACUCAGUGUGACUCUACUGGCUUGAUUCCCAAUUGGGCCAAGAUCUACGAGGAGGGACAAUCUCUUCGUGCUGAGAUGGGCUUUUCUGGCAGUGGAACUCCAGGGGCAGAGUACGGAUCAGAAGCCUCGCGCGCCGUGUGGCGUGUGGCUUUGGACUUUCUGCUCUUUCCUAACGAGGCGGGCGAAGCAGUUGCGUUCUUGGAUCCGGUGGCCGCGCACCUGGAGACGCGCGAGUCCGGCGGCAGCUGGGCGGAGUCCUUGCGGAUCGACAACAACUGCCUGGUGAACAGCAUUCAUCCCAGCUGGUCCUGGAACAUGUUCAUGGCAGGGCCCACCUUCACGUCGCUGGUGUGUCCCUCCAACUCGGUCGAUGAAGUGCGGCAACAAGCGCUCAUCGACGCGGCGGGCGCGCGCGUGGCCAGCAAGGCCAUCAACGACUACUACUCCGGCAGUUGGGUGGCCAUUAGCACCAUCACUCUGAACGGCGACCUCGUCCGCGCGGCCGAGAACGCCGGGCUCCUGGAAGCCACGCCGACGACGACGACCGGUGGUUCCAGCACCUCCGCAACCACAACAAACGCGGCUACCACAACCACCACGGCCACAGCAACGACGACGACGACAACGACAACGACAACAACCACGACCACCGCUAGUGGCACGAGCUGCUCCUCCACAACGGAAGACUGCAGGUCUACAGGUUGCUGUGCAACAGCUGGCUACAGCUGCUACGAGAAGGAUCAGUACUGGGCGGGGUGCCGUCAGAGCUGUACACCUGGAGCAGCGAACCCCAACGAUCCCGUGGAGUACCGAACACCAUGGUCUUGUGUGGUCCUUGGAACAUCUACCACCACCACGAUUACCACGACCUCGACGUCAAGCACACCCAUGACGUUGCAGCGCGUCUUUGAGCCUGUCGACGGAGGAGACGACCGCGCCUGCCGCGGAGACUCGGCCACGGACAACUCCGCCGAGUACUACCAGGUGGUGGAGCGCUCCACUCUGGCAGAUUGUCAAGCCCAAUGUAAAGCCACCAGCGGAUGUGAAGGCCUCGAGUUCAAGGGCGUCCGCUGCGAGAUCUGGACCCGACCCAUCCGUGCCUCCAAGCGCCUCAGCGGCUACACCUGCCUCCGUUACGUCGAUCCUGAAAGCCUCCGCCACGGCAGCUUCGAGCCCGUCGAUGGGGCGACGGGCCGCGCCUGCCGUGGGCGGCACGCCAACGACAACUCGCAGGACUACUUCCACGUGGUCUCAGGCUUGUCGCUGGAGGGCUGCCAGCGGAUGUGCCAGUCAGAAGCGGAGUGUGUGGGCGUUGAACAUCAUGAAGGCGGCCGUUGUGAGCUCUGGACCCGCGCGGGAGGGAUUCAAGCCAGCGCCGCCAAGCCAGGAUACAGCUGCUGGCGCUUCCUGGAGGAGGGUGUCGCUCCUCCGACGCUUCGGCCCGGUCGCUUUGAGCCGGUGGACAGCGGCACGGGCCGCGUGUGCCGCGGCGCUGGUCCGUCGGACAACUUGAGCAGCUACUUCACGGUGAGCAACGCUGCAUCGUUGUUGUCCUGCCAAGAGCUCUGCCAGACAACCAGCAACUGCAAAGGAGUGGAGUACCACACGAGCUCCGGCCGCUGCGAGCUUUGGACGCGCGAGCAAGGCAUCCAGAGCUCCCGGGCCAGCGAAGGCUAUAGCUGCUGGAGAUUUGUGGAAAGCCUCGCCAGCUGAGAUGGCAAGCAGCGAGGAACCCUUGUGCCGUGCUGGCGGGUGGACGCGUGUGGUGACCCGUCUCGACCAACUCGUUUGCGACACCGGUGACCGGUGUUCGAUCUCGAAUCCAUGGAUCCACCGAAGAUGAGGGUGAUGAGAGACACCUUGAAGAUGUCGGCGCUGAAUGGGGAAUGUGACAUCUGAUGUUUCUGGGCUUGGGUGUUUCCGCCAUUCUGAAGGGUUCUGAAGGCUGGGGGUGUGCAAUUUGUGGCGUGGUCUUGUUUUGGGAGGGGUGGAGCAUCUCCUCGGGAGCAUCUUCAGAUCACCAUGCUCUCGAAGUCCUGGGGGAUACAAGCUGUUUGCUCAGGUACAAAAUCACCGCAAAGGUCGGCGGUGCAAGAUGACCGGGGCACGAAUCGUCAGGGAAAGUAACAAGUGCUAGCUGCUAGACGCCU